AACGUAAAAGCUCACAGUACCUCUGGUUAGCCUUGCAACAGGGGACUUGGGUCUAUAUUUUGCGUAAUGGCACGGUCAUCGUCUGGGAAGACAGAAAGAAGAACUUUUCUGGUGAUACCCUUUUAAAUCAACUAGGACUUGCACCAGAACAGAGCGUGCACGAACAAGAGCUGCAAGGUCUUCAGAGGCUCGAGUGGAGUGAAGUUCUUUCUUACUCACUCGUGUCGUCCGAAAAUGAAGCCCACCCUCGUCAUGAUAGAGGAACCCAAAGCAGGACUACAAACACAACAUCACACACAACAUCUACUUCAGCCUCAACAUCACGGAACUCUUCUUCUUCGAACAACAAGGCCGCUAGGGAUUCACCUAGAUCUCACCACAGGAUUAGGCGUUCCCAUCAAAAUUCGUCUUUCGCUCUUCCACGUCCAGGACAACAUUCUCCCUCUAGUGGAGCCUCGUCUGCACGAGCAGGAACUUCUACAGUAGCCUUUCCCCUUUCUAGCACUCGUAAGCACAGCAGGACAGCCAAGCUCAAUCCGAU